UUAUUUUAACAAUCGACUUGCGAAUCGAGUUCAUUAUUCAUUUUACUAGUUAAUUAACGAACCGAUUCGCUUUAGCAACUUUAUUUGAGAAAAAAAUAAAUAGAUAAUUACUUAUAAUAUUUAAUAAGUAAUCAAUAAGAAAAAUUUGUGAUCCUAACUCGUACUUAGAACUUCGAUAUUAUUAGGUUACCUGUUAAACUUCCCGGCGGAAAUUCAAAUCGCCUUUUCGAUUAUCAGAAAUAUCGAUGAAUCGUAGACAACUUCGUUUACAUAACAUUUUAGUGCCAUUGUAAUUUUGACUGUGUUCAAAGUGAAUCGUACUCCAUAUAAUGUUUGUAAAUAAUACGCGAUGUAACCUCUGAUUUAAAGAAAAAUGCAUAUUUUAUUUAUAACUCCAUUAUGUAAUAUGUUUAACAAAUGCUUCAUAUACAGAAGCACGUAUUGAACCAAAAAAUUAUCAACUUUGAAAGAAUAUCAAGCGACUUUUGAACCGGCAAAUAUGAAAACUGAGAUAUCUUGGAAACGUCGUUUAUUAAGAAAAAAAUUGAAAUACACAUUGAUAUGCGUUUUUAUAGCAGCUAUUAUUUUUGUAAUACAUCAGCUGGUUUAUUUCAAGGAACUUAAUCAGGCGAUUGUAGGGAAAUUAAUUAGUGGAUCCGUAAGAACAUCUAAUUACAUUGUUACUGGUAAAGUGCAUUCGAAAUGGAACGACCUGUCACAUUCUAAACUUUUACGUGAUAAACAAGGUAAAACUGUAUCAUUGCGUGGAACACGCGAUCAGGAUAUUUCAAAAUACCUACCAAAUGCCCAAGGAGAAUUUGUAUGUUUUACUUCUAAAGAUAAGAUAGACUUCUUCAAAAUUAACGACAAUUAUUGUGACUGUCCCUUGGAUGGUAGUGAUGAACCUGGCACUAAUGCAUGUAACAAUGGUGUGUUUCAUUGUGAAAUUUCAACCUUGCACUUUCCAGUAAAAAUACCAUCUUACAAAGUUAAUGAUGGAUAUUGUGACUGUUGUGACGGAUCUGAUGAAUGGGCUGAAGUCAUAUUACCUUAUUCAAACAAUGUUUUAAGAAAAUAUCAAUCAAGCCAAAGGAUGCAACAUGAUUCAGAUUCCAAUAGAACAGUAUGGGAUCCUUCACAAAUAUUCAAGUGUCCCCCAAAUUACAAAUAUGCUGUAGUUAUACUGAAUCGUCCUCUUUAUUGGAAGCAUGACAGUGUCCUUAGGAUAUGGGAAAAGUCACAAAUUAAUGUUACUGUUGAUGGUGGAACACAUGCUUGGUUACAUUACUUAGAAGAACGAGGUAUAGAUGUCUUCAAUGGAAAGCAUAACGAAUAUAUACCAAACUUAAUUACUGGGGAUAUGGACAGUUGUAGUCCAUUAAUACUAAAAAGGUUGCAAUCCAUAGGCUCUAGGGUUAUAGAAACAAUCAAUCAGGAUUAUACAGAUUAUACAAAAGCUUUGAUUCAGUUAGGACAAUAUGCUCAAAAGGAAAAUAUAAAUUUAAACGGAAUAUACGUGUUUGUAGACUCAUCGGGAAGAUUGGAUCAUAUUGUUGAAAAUCUUAAUACUCUUCAUAAAAGUGAUAAGCUCAUUGGACAAUACAUUCCGAUAAUACAGGUGAUUCAAAUAGCAAGUAAUUCAUUGACAUGGAUUUUAAAGCCAGGUUUCCAUACUAUAAUUAUUCCUAAAAUCUUGGUCCAGAGUAAUAGCUGGUGUGGACUUCUACCAAUUGGUGCACCUGUUAACUGUAUAACAACAACUGGUUUAAAGUGGAAUUUAAAUCGUGCGACUUUACAAUUUGGUGGUUUAAUAAGCUCUUCAAAUACGUAUGACGAUUGUUCUGAAGUAACUGUAAAUACAGAUUCAUCAGUAGUAUGGACUAUGGGUAUCGAAGCACUCGAUGAAGAAUUGAAUUGCAAAAAAUGUUGUCAUUAGAAAAUGAUAUUUCUAUUUAGUUAAUCAAUUUUGAAUACUUACAGUACCUAAGGUAUAAUAGCAUACGGGCUUUUUGGUAUUACAGUUCUCAGAUGGCGAGUAGCCGGACUAACGAAGCAUUGGUACCAUCAGGUUUGUGCUAACCCGAGAUAUAUUUCUUUCAAAUUUAAUUCUGUAUAUAUUGCUUUUAUUAAAAGUAAUUUAUUUUUUUAAAUCUCAUUGAAACGAAAAGACAGUUAUGAUGGAUGGUCACGGGCAACGUAGGCUUCCUUUGUACCUUGUAAAUAAGUAAUUUAUAAAUCACAGUGUAAAUAUUCUACACACAUCUAGAAAUGGUGAUUGAAAGUGAUAAAUACUUAAUAAUAACGCCGAUGCCGCUAUCCAAAAAUUCAUAGAAAAAACAAAAUAAAUUCACAUAUUCUUCAUUAAAGUUUUUACUUUAAAGAAGAAACAUUUUGAUUCAAACGUUACAUACAAAUAAGAUGUAAUUUAUUUAUUUGAUUUAAUAUAAUUAAAUAUUUAUAUAUAUAUAUAAGUACGUAAAAAUAAGUUAUUAUUAAUGGGUUAAAGAUUUUCAAUUUUUCGAAAUAUUUCGAAAUUUUAUUACAUUAUUCCAAAAGUACAGCUUUUCCACUAAAAAAGUAAUCUCUAAUAGUGAUUUUAACUUUAGUACUUAUUAUAUACUUAUUUAGGGAUUGAAUAAUUGUUUCAUUUAAUGGAACAAGUCAAUCCUAAGUUUAAAAUAAUUUAAUUAAUUUCAUACAGAGUAUUCUUUCGAUCAUGACAAAAUUUAUGAAUUUCAUAUUGUUAUUAAUAUUUUAUUGUUACAGUGAUUUUGUUUAUCACAUAGGACUUAUCCCAAAUCAUUUUUGUGAUCCAUAAUAUAUUUUAAUAUAAACUUUACUUAUAAAUAGAGCUUAGGAAUUUUGGGGUAAAAUAAUUAAUUUGUACUUAUUUUUGGGUGUUUCAAUUUUCAAUUAUUAGUUCAAUUAUUAUUGAAAGAAAUUAUUAAAAUUAUUAAAAUAAAUGUCGGGAAGAUUUACGUGAUUAAUUACGUCGUUAAUUACAUAGUACUAAUAAAUAAUAGUUUUAUGUUGAAUUAAAUAUAGUACUAUGCAUAUUAAAUAUUCUAUUAUACAUUUAGAUAUAGUAUUCUAUAAUAGAAUAUACAUAAUAUGCAUAUGUCUAUUUUCUGAUUUUGUUCGAAUAAAAUUAUUUUCGUUUUCUGUCUGCACUUCAACAUAAAUUUUGUUAGAAAAUUAAAUGGACAAAAAUUAUAUUUUUAUAUUUCGUUAAAAGUGGAAUGUAAAAUUAAUGUAAUAUCGAUUAUAUUGUAAUACAAAUGUGAUAUUUUGGUAUUUUUGAAUCACACCCAUCACCUACUUUACUCGUUAUCAAAUCAACCAACUUCCUAAGAAGUGUAAGUGCUAAGAAAAGUGUAAUGCCCGUUUCCUCGAACGUGGAUCAAUUCAGAGUGGUAGACCCCUGUGGCUCGGGGGGAUUAGAAUACGGCCACGGUAUCCCCUGCCUGUCGUAAGAGGCGACUAAAAGGGGACACACACAUAAACGCAGCUCAAGCAAAAAAUUGUAAAAGUAUGGCGAAAAAACAGAAGCAAAAGUAUGGCAAAUGUAUGAAACAAUGUAAAAUGCAAAAGAGAAUGAAAAGAGGCGCGCAAAGCGCGCGUGGCCGGAAAUAUUCGUUGGGCAAAAGGGACAAUAAACGUACCCAAAGUACGCCGCCCGGAGGAAAUGGGAUGUAAAAAUGUAUCCCUUUUUUCCGAACCGGGGAAAAUUAAAGUAAAGUCAAUUCAGAGUUCCUGUGAACUGCGUUCAAUUUUGAACGCAGUUUAAUCUUUAGUCAACGUAUGUACGUUUGCUUUCCAUCAACGCCACCUUUGUUCCGAUCAACUGAACGUAUACCAUAUGCGUGUUAACCCAAACUAUAUUCGUAUCAAGUGAUGUGAUUGGUGCAUAGCAGUGACUACAGAUCCAGUGACUUGAAUUUGUAGUCACUGUACAUAGGUAAUGAGCGUGUCAACCAGAAAGAAGCAGCAUAACCAAAGCAAAGAGUAGGUAUAAUAAGAGGCGACACUAUGAGAGAGAAACUACUUGCAGAAAGAGACAAAGUGAUACAACCCAUUUAAAGGUCCAUUCGGCAAUCUUCGUUUUCGACCGUGAACAGUCGUGAGCGCGCGACAAGUUUGUACUGUGGAUUUACUUACAUAGCCUAUAUUGUGGAAACUUCUUUGUCAGAAUGCUCCAAAAAGCAAGAGUUUAUGGCAUUUCAGACCUUCAUAAACCGGGAAUUUUCUGGGGAAUCAAGGAGGGGAAGGAGUACAUUUUUUUAGAUUUCCUAAGAAUGGAGACUUGUAAGUAUUAUAAAGUCAUAAUUUGUCUGUAACAAUAUACGAACUUAGGUACUAUAGAAACAUAAAUCUUGGAACAAUAACAUGCUUCAAGUAUAUAUAUUCACAUGCCUGGCUUCAGGCAUGUGGUAGAGAAGAUCUUCCUGCAUCGGAAUAUGAACACUACCACAAGACCCACAGAGUAUGUAGUAAGCAUUUAAAAUAAAAUGUACAUGGGUCCUUCCAAAUCCAGGUUAUUACCAACAGCAGUUCCAAACCAGAUUCAGUCUGGUAUGAAUAUUAUAGAAGUAUUAAUUGUAUUAACCAUUUAAUUGUAGUAAUCAUACUAUUAUAUAAAGAGACAGCGUUUGUUUGUAUGUACAGAAAAA